CUACCGCAGCAGUCCCGUGCCGUGGGGCACCUCGGUGCCGCCCACUCUGCGGAUGGAGCCGUGGUAGAGGCCGCCGUCGUCCAAUAUCGUGCGCGCCGCCAGGCUGUGGGCGCUCUCCUGCUCGCGGGUCCUCAGUUUGGCCUCGGCCGCCUGAUUGCCAGACCGACGAGCGGAAUUUGGACAGUCGGCGGACUCUUUGGCUUUUGGUGUGUACCUCACAGCGUGUCUUCCAUUCAUCCCGCUCUGUCCUGAAUGCGUCCCGGUCUUUCUUGUAUUCGUCCCUUUGGUUUUGGAGCUCCUCAAUCCGCUUGUUGUGCUGCUCUCGUUCCCUGUCCAUCGAACGGCGUUGGUCUGCACACACACACACACACACACACGGCAUCGACCUGUGUGUCGUUCUCCGCGCAUGUCUAGCCGCCUCUGAUGUUAUUCAUCACAGUCCCUGUACCGUUGAUCACGUCCCAGAGCUUCUCCCCCGAGAUGGUGUCGCUCAAGGCGCCGGUCAGACGUCGCGGCAGCGACAGGCAAAGUGACGACGAGUCGCGGCUUGCUCGACAGAGAUCGGUGCCUGCGGUGAACAGGGGGACAGCUGGGCGCCACCGACAGGCCGACAGCGACGCGCAGGAACAGACAGGCCUCCGCACCGGUCACUGCAUGCCAGACACACACGGCACAUGCACACUCCCGUCUGUUCAUCGUGUACACACAUGACAUCUCCUGGCGUACUUCUGCGCUGAUCUUGAUCGUGUGGGCUGGAUCCUCUCCUCUCUCCAACCACAUGACGCACCGAGGCCACUGCCAUCUGGUCCGCCUCGGCACGACGCAUACGACGAUGUGCGAUUCAUCGUGUGAGGCUCCCGGCCUCUCCGGCUGAGCACACGGCAG